CUAAGCCCGGCCCAUGUUUACCCGCUCGUCGUCACUUUUGCCUGGAGAACAAGAAACCCAAAACAGUUUUUAGUGUCCGUGCUCCGGAGCAUUCUCUUCAUUUUAAUCGUCUGCAGUCUCUUCUUCGUCUCCGUUCCAUUUAUCUGUCAUAUAGUUUAGGUGUACGUGGAUUGAUUGUUGGAGUCCCAACUCAAAUCCUUUUCACAGUUUAUUGAAAAAAAAUGAAGCUUGAUACUAGUGGUCUUGAAUCAUCUGUUCCAUUGUUCGGGUCAAGCAAUGUACUUAUUGAUGGGAUUUCAGCUGGUCCAUCAUUUGAGAUUCCUGAUACGAUGGACUUUGAUGGCUUUCAGAAAGAGGCUGUACAGAUGGUCAAGCCAGCUAAGGGAACAACCACGCUUGCCUUCAUAUUCAAGGAGGGUGUCAUGGUCGCUGCUGAUUCUCGAGCCAGCAUGGGAGGCUAUAUCUCAUCGCAGUCUGUGAAGAAAAUUAUUGAAAUCAAUCCUUACAUGCUUGGCACUAUGGCUGGAGGAGCUGCUGACUGCCAGUUUUGGCACCGGAAUCUGGGUAUUAAGUGCCGACUGCAUGAAUUGGCAAACAAGCGCAGAAUUUCAGUUACUGGGGCAUCAAAGCUGCUGGCAAACAUUCUGUUCUCUUACCGUGGAAUGGGUCUGUCUGUUGGGACCAUGAUUGCUGGAUGGGAUGAAACGGGACCUGGGCUAUAUUAUGUCGACAGUGAAGGAGGAAGGCUUAAAGGAACACGAUUUUCAGUUGGCUCUGGUUCACCCUAUGCUUAUGGUGUGCUGGAUAAUGGCUACCGGUAUGAUAUGUCAAUCGAAGAAGCUGCAGAGUUGGCUAGACGGGCUAUUUAUCAUGCAACAUUCCGUGAUGCGGCCAGUGGUGGAGUUGCUAGCGUUUAUUAUGUGGGGCCCGAUGGGUGGAAGAAGCUCUCUGGGGAUGAUGUUGGGGAACUUCAUUACAAAUACUAUCCAGUUAUGCCAACUACAGUGGAACAGGAAAUGGUUGAAGUGGCUGGGGCGUAAGGAUCGCAGGAACUUGGGGACAAUGCGAUGAGCUUUCUUACUUUAGGGAGGCCAGGCUCCAUUACAAGGGAAAAAAAAUGGUUGAAGUGCAUGUCUUUGCAUUUGAUCUUUGAAACAAUUCGUAGAUAGACUCGUCUUUCGUUCAAUGUUACGGGAGCCCUCAUCAUUCAUGGCUGUUUAAAACUUUAAUGUUGUUUAUUGUUGCUGAUGUUCUUAACCAAAUUCUAGCUUGGUCAUAGACUCAAAUUGGAUUUUAAUCUCUGUAGCUGUGGUUUCUGAAUGAUUCUAGUUGUUUUCUUUGCUCAUGGAAA